AUGGUAUUAUUUGAUGUUACCUCACUCUUCCCCUCAAUUCCUCAGAGUCUAGCAAUUGAAACUGUCGGCGAUCUACUCGAGAGUCAAUAUGACGACGAGACCAAUAAGCUUAAACGAGGACACCUUAUCCAGCUGCUCCAUUUUUGCCUCAAGACCUAUUUCACCUUUGAAGGAACGGUCUAUGAACAAAUCAAAGGAACUCCAAUGGGUUCGCCGCUGUCUGGUUUCAUUGCUGAGGUGGUCCUUCAAAAGUUGGAGACGCUGGUGUUCGCAACCCACAGACCAAUAUUUUGGGCACGGUAUGUGGACGAUACCCUCGUCAUCCUCAAGCGGGAGAUAGUCUCCGAAUUUCACGCGAUUCUGAACUCUGUUUUUCCGGACAUACAGUUCACAAUGGAGGCAGAAGUCAACAACCAGCUAGCGUUCCUAGACGUCCUGGUCCACCGCAAAACUAACGGAAGCCUAAGAACGACGGUAUACCGAAAGGCCACCAACACGCGUCAGGUCCUCAGUUACUACAGUAACCACCCGUUGUGCCAUAAACGUAGCUGUGUGCGGACUCUUUACAAGAGGGAGGAAACUCACUGCAGCGAGGCAGCCGACAAAGUAGCCGAACUCCAUUAUCUUCGGCAGAUGUUCAUCUCCAACGGUUACCCUCGUAGUUUCAUCGAACGCAGCCGACAACCAAAGAGGGCUAUAAGGUCAACAAGAGAACAACCAACAGUGUGGCGGGCGCUACCGUAUAUUGAGAAUGUAUCCGAAGCAGUCGCUCGUCUCUUACAACCACUGGGGAUCGGCGUCGCCCACAGACCUGAAGCGACAAUAAGACGUCUCGUCAUGAGACCCAAGGCCCCUCUGUCACGAGGCGAAACAGCGAAUGUCGUCUACCGUGUCCAGUGCAGUUCCUGUGAGGCGAAUUACGUUGGAGAGACCGGAAAACGUCUACAAACCCGCAUGAGUGAGCACGCAAGGGCAGUGAGAAGAAUGGACCAACUCUCACUGGUGGCGGAACAUUGUGCAGCCUCUGGGCACACUUUCGCCUUCCAGAACGCCGAAAUCCUUGGCCGAGGUACCGACCAGACAGCUAGGGAAACGCUCGAAGCCUGGCACACCGUACCAACCUCCAUCAACCGCUGUACGAUUCUCCCGGCGGCCUACCAGGCCCUACGAGUGCGGUUCAACCAACGGAAUCAAAGGCAGGAAGUCAGCAUCACAAGCCCAGGUGAACACAGUUCGCACCCAAACACCGAUGACGGGAGCCAGCAGGCCGAUAAAGGAGAAACAGGCAAGGGGCCAGCAGCCACCGAGGUGCACACGGGCAGAGGCAAACGGGCGACAAUUACGAGAAAUGCGGGUCAGGCACAACAAAUGCGGGCAAUGCAGACGAGGUCAAUGACCGUUGCCAUCCUGACACAGCCCACCCGACGAGGAGACGCAGGAAGGGACCGACCAACACGACAGCAAUUAGCUCCUCCCCCCGCAGCAGAUCCUGCAUGA